AUGUUAUCUUUUGAAACUAGAGGAGACUGGGUUCCUUCUUUUCGACUUGAACAUGUGGACUUGAAUUCCUGCAAGCUAGGGUCAGAAUUUCCCCCAUGGCUUCAAUCAGAAAAAGGUUUGAGGUCAUUGAACAUAGCCAACACAAGAAUUUCAGAUACCAUUCCCACUUGGUUCUCGAGCAUAUCCUCCCAGUUAGAAUUUUUAAAUCUCUCACACAAUCAAAUCCAUGGCGAUGCUUCAAGCAUACUUAGAUUGGAGUUUGUCCUGGUGAUCGACCUAGGAUCCAAUAACCUGAAUGGCCCAUUACCUCGUAUUUCCUCCAAUAUAGUUGUCCUAGAUCUUUCCAACAAUUCUUUCGCAGGCUCUAUUUAUCACUUCUUAUGUGGUAACAGAGAGAACGAAAUCAGACUGCAAGAUCUUUUUCUUGACAACAAUGUUCUGUCAGGGGAAAUUCCUGAUUGUUGGAUGAAUUACAAGUUUUUAGAAGCCGUGAGACUAGAAAACAACAAUCUGACUGGAACAAUACCGAACUCCUUUGGAAAUUUAACUUCCCUGAAAUUUUUGCACCUAGGCAAAAACAACCUCUCUGGAAGAUUACCAGCUUCCCUACAAAAUUGUAGGGAGUUAAUGGUUUUCGAUCUUGGUAAAAAUGGAUUCCGGGGAAGCAUACCAACAUGGGCAGGAAAGCAUCUUUCGAAUUUGAUGGUUCUCAACUUUCGUUCUAACAAGUUUCGUGGUGUUAUUCCUCGCGAACUCUGUCAUCUUGCGUCACUUCAGAUUUUGGACCUUGCACAUAACCAUCUAUUGGGAACUAUUCCGAGUUGCUUCAACAAUUUCAGUGCCAUGGCUGAGAAGAGCAAAUCAAAUAACCGGAUAUAUUAUUCUCCACUAAAUGGAUUAAAUUUGGAAAGAGAAUCGUUGGUGAUGAAAGGAAGAGAAGUCGAAUAUAGCACUACUCUUCACCUUGUGACAAGUUUGGAUCUUUCCAAUAACGAUAUAGUUGGAGAGAUACCAGAGGAACUAACGAGCUUGUUGGGAUUGCGAUCAUUGAAUUUGUCAGGAAAUUAUUUAAGAGGAAUGAUACCUCGCUACAUUGGAGCCAUGGGAUUACUAGAAUCUCUUGAUUUCUCUGUGAACCAACUUUCUGGCGAAAUUCCUCCAAGCAUUUCGAAUUUGACCUUCUUGAAUCACUUGAACCUGUCCUACAACAAUUUGACAGGGAAAAUUCCAUUAGGCCCUCAACUUCAGACCUUCGAGGAAUCCAGUUAUUUAGGGAAUCUACUCUGUGGACCUCCGCUCACAAAGAGCUGCGACAAAGAUGGGGUGAAUCGGACAACAAAUGUUGAGCAUGAAGGUAAAGAUAGUGGCGGAUUUGAAGAGAACUGGUUCUAUUUGAGCAUGGCAUUUGGUUUUAUAGUUGGUUUUGGUGCUGUGAUCGGUCCUUUGCUAUUCAAUCAGUCCUGGAGAAUCCUCUAUUUCAAGUUCCUGGAUAGCAUAGGGCACAAGCUUUACGACCUUGUUUGUAAGUAAUUUACGCUGAUUUUAUUUAUCAAGUGCAAUAAGCUACCACUUUGAUCUCAC